CCGUCUUUCUGUCUCUGGGUGCCUUUUCUUUUCCCGCGGUCGGCGGUCGUCAGGUCAAACACGUUGGCCACAUUGACUGGCCACAUCAACUGCAACUCAACUCGGGCGCGUCGUCAGGCAUCCCCGCAGCGAGGCCAAGGGAAGGUCCCGCCCGUCUGAAUCCAUAUCCUGUGCAUGUCCCGCCGCUGGUUCGUAGCAGCCGGCGGCAAUCGACAGGACGAUGCAGGGAUGGAUGGGCUCUUUAUUACCAGCCACCGAAUAUUAUUACUCCUUCCCGACAUCAUCCAUGACAACAACGGCCUUCACAUCAAACACAUAUACAAGCACACAACGUUACCUGACCUCACGGCCCUGCUGUCCCUGGCCCAAGGCGCCUAAUCUAACCGCGCACCACCCACUAUCCAUCAUCAUGAGCUCAUCCGGCCCGCCCCUCGCUGGCGUUGGGCGCCCCGGCCCCCACGGCUCCUCGCCCGCCAACGUCGGCAUCCCGUGGGACUACGGACAGGGCCACGGCCACGGCUUCCCAGAUGACCCAGCGCCCGGGACGCGGGUAGAUCUCCCGCCGCCCCCCGACCCUAUUCCUCCCGGUGCCGGCAUCGCCCUACAUCUUGGCCCAGAGUCGCAGAUCCCCGACCACCCGGGCAGCAUGGUCGGCGUGCCCCAGGUCCAGCCGCCGCAGGCGUACUAUCCGCCUCCUCCCGCCGUGGCUCCUCCUCCUCAGGCUGUCACUGCGGCGGCGGCGGCGGGCCCCGGCCAGGACCUGGACAUGCGCGACCUCAAGACGAGCUGCCAGGUCGGGCUGCGCGAGCUCUCGGGCAUGCAGCGGCUGCGGCGCGAGUCGGGCGGCGCGGCGGGCGUCGAGUCGCGCAUCCGAGCCCAGGCCGGCCUCGUGCUGGGUGACCUGCGCGCGCUGCAAGAUGAGGUCCGUGGGCUCGUCAAGGCUGCCGAGGAUCACCGGUGGCGGCGCUGGAUCUUUGGCGGAUUAAUAGCAACGUUCAUCCCCGCCGUCCGACGCAUCUUUCGUCGCGGCGGCCACGACGACGCCGACGCCGACUCGCGGCUGUCGUCCAACGGCACCGAGUACGCCUUCCGCCGGUCCAGGGGCCUCAUGGCGCGCAUCAAGGACGGCGUGCUGGGCUCGGGCUCCCUCGCCAAGAUGGCCUUUUUCGUCUUCGCCGUGCUGUACGUGUUCCAGAACGAGGUGUCGCUGCGCGUGGCCCGGACGGUGCAGAAGCGCGUGAGGCGCCUGAUGGAGAGGGUCGAGAGGGGGGACGAGGACGUGGGCGAAAAGGACGUCAGGAUGCUCGACGGCUGGCGGUGGCGGGUGCUGUUGUGGUGAGGAGCGAUGAGCGGAGCGGUGGGCUUGGGGGUUGAUGCACUCUAUAACGCGAGAUGUUGUAAGGUUGACGACGACGACGACUACGACGAUGA